GAGACUAGUCAGCUCAGCUUUCCGUUGUUACGCACAACAUAGGAAAAGUUUCAAAACAUGCUAGCAGCACAGUUGGAGCUCGAUGGUACAUUUGAUGCAAGGAAAAAGACAAGAUAUGAAAAACACAAAGAUGAGAUCAAUUGUGUAGCUUUCUCCCGGGAUCUGGAGAUGAUGGUGACUGGAUCAGAUGAUAGUAGGGUGCGCGUCUGGAACAGACCUAAAAACAUCCUGGUUUGCAGAUUUUUCGGGCACACAGGUGCAAUAAAAGGAGUAGCAGUGUCUCCUGAUAGUUGCUUCAUUGCUAGCGCUUCUUACGACCGAACAGUUAUCGUGUGGAGAACAAGAAAUUCAGAAAUCAUCUACAAACUCACAGGCCAUUCAAGGGCUGUUGAGACGGUGGGGUUUUCUAACGAUGGCAAGCUGCUUUGCUCAGGAUCCUGGGAUUCCACUGCUAUCGUGUGGAACCUAGAGACUGGAACACCCCGAAACAUUCUGACUGGACAUAAGAACUUGGUGCAGUGCUGUGCCUUUAGCGCCAACGAUCGUUUGCUGGCAACAGGGUCGUGGGACCACACGGUACGUCUCUGGGCGCUCUGUCGUCAGGCGGGUAUGGACCAGGUUAGGGUACUCAAAGGUCACACAGGAAACGUCUAUGCCGUAGCCUUCUCCAAGCUUGGCAUGCUGGCGACAGGUUCGUGGGACAAGACUGUUCGGUUGUGGAGUUCCCGUGAUUCUCGUUGCCUAGCUGUCCUCUCUGAGCAUACUGGUUGGGUCCGGGCGCUUGCCUUCUCAAACGAUAGCAACAUGGUAGCCAGUGCAAGUGAUGACGAAACGGUCAAGGUGUGGGAUGUAAGGACUGGGGAAUGUGCAAAGACGCUUGAGAGUGAUUUGGAGCAGCUACAGACUUGCGUGUUCUCAUCUGAGGGGGCCCUGUUUGCAUCCGGGGCUGCAGCAAUGGCUGUAGCGGAGAAAAGGAAGAAGCCUAGUAAAGCAGAUGAAAAUGAGGAGGAGGAGGAGGGGAAAAGAGAGAUAGAUGAAAGAACAUUGGAGACAGAUGAUGACGGUAGUUUUGGCUAGAUGCUGCAUGAGGUAUGCCGCUGUAGCAGCAGAAAGGAAAAUCUUUGAAGGGACCUAAGGAAAGAGAUCGAGGACAUUUGAUAUAGAUGAUGAUGGUGGUUGGUGCUAGAUGAUGCGUAACAUGUUCUGCUAUAGCAGCGGAGAGGAGAAUCCUGGAAGCGAUGAGAGCACAUUAUUUCAUUGCCAGUAUUCAGGAUACUGCCUGGUUUCUGGUCCUGUAAUUUUCCUUUCAGGCUUUUUAAGACAUCAUGGCCCAAAUUCCAAAUUUAGGCCAUGCAUGGCUAUAACCGUCAACUAUGGACAUAGAAAUGCUCAUACUUCCUGUUCAUUAGGCAUGUACUCUGCUUAUGGAGGUUCUCACCAGUGUGUUUCCAUUAUUUAUAAAACCAUGGUACCAUUUUAGGAAUUUAAAAGUUUUGCGUCGCCCUAAUCCCAAAUUCAUCACAGAUUUGUUUUCCAGACGCCUCUUGCCUUACCAUUUACUACUGGUACCUGGGUUUGUAUAUUAUGUGAGCAAGCGAGCAAAAACAAAAACUGUAGUGGCAAAUAUAAUAAUUUUUUAUAAGGUUUAUAAAAUACAAAAUUAUAUAUCCGGGCACCUCUAUUUACAUAUUUGAGGAUAUAAAGGAUAUUUCAUCCUGUUUUUAAUAUUUUGUCAAGCGAGUGGGCAAAAAUAAUUCUUAACCUUGGUAAAAAAUUCAUUUAGAUAAAAAAUGUAAAAACGCUCUAGAUAAGAUUAUAUCCGGGCGCCUUGCUGCCUACAAUAUCCUGGUAGCGAGCUGCUAGAAUAUCAUCUUACCGGGGGUAUUGAU